GCGCGGGCCUGGGGUGCUGCGAAGCUGAGCAGUGCUUGUUGGGAGCCUGAAACAAACAUGGAUCACGAAGUCCUGGGCAAUAUUGUCCUGCUGGCCAUCGUCACCCUCAUCAGCGCGGUCCAGAACGGGUUCUUUGCCUACAAGGUGGAGCACGAAAGCAAGACCCAUAAUGGGUGGAGCUUCCAGAGGACGGGGACACUUGCCCUUGAACGGGUCUACACUGCCAACCAGAACUGUGUCGAUGCGUACCCCACCUUCCUUGUCAUGCUCUGGAGCGCCGGGCUCCUCUGCAGCCAAGUUCCUGCAGCUUUUGCUGGACUGAUGUACUUGGUUGUGAGGCAAAAGUACUUUGUUGGCUACCUGGGGGAGAGAACGCAGAGCACACCUGGCUACAUAUUUGGGAAACGCAUCAUCCUGUUCCUGUUCCUCAUGUCCCUGGCUGGGAUAGUCAACUAUUUCCUCAUCCUCCUUUUCGGAAGUGACUUUGAAAACUACAUCAAGACAAUCACCACCACCAUCUCCCCGGUCCUUCUCAUCCCCUAACUGAAUUCCAGCUUGAGUGAACCUCACUUUUCCUGGAAGAGAAUAUCUUCAUGUCAGCUCCACCCGCCCCCCCCGAACAUGAUGGUGGCACCAGAUUUGCUCUUCAGAUCCCGUCUGUGUGUUUCUUACUUAUCCUGCUUUCGGAAGAUGUUUUGUGACCCGAUUUAUGUUUUCCUAAAAUAAAAUGCAGACACGU